AUAUGGCAUCACAAUACUCUCUUUGGUUCUGCUUUGAAAAAUAUUUUCACUUUCUCUUUGCACCUUCCUAGCGAUUGUGAGCUGUGUUCUCUUUAAAUACAAAUUUGCAAAAUGGGUUUCGGAGAUCUCAAAACUGCUGCUGGCCUUAAAUCGCUUAAUGAAUAUUUGGCUGAUAACAGCUAUAUAGAAGGUUUCCAGCCUUCUCAAGCCGAUACUACAGUUUUCCAAGCCCUUUCGUCGGCUCCUUCAGCUCAACACCCUCAUGCUCUAAGAUGGUAUAAUCACAUAAAAUCUUAUGGCAAAUCCAUUACAAGUCUCCCAGGGGUUAAAAAAGACAUCAGUGCUUUUAGUGAAACUUCUAAAUCAUCUCCUGCUAAAGCUGCCAAAGCUGGUGGUGAUGAUGAUGAUGAUAUUGAUCUCUUUGGAUCUGAUGAUGAAGUGGACGCAGAGGCUGAAAAGCUUAAAGAAGAGCGUUUGAAAGCCUAUGCAGAAAAGAAAUCAAAAAAACCUGGUGUUAUUGCAAAAUCUAAUGUUGUCCUUGAUGUGAAACCUUGGGAUGAUGAAACAGACAUGGCUGCUAUGGAGAAGCAAGUACGAACUAUUAGCUGUGAUGGGUUAAUGUGGGGAGUGUCUAAACUUGUACCCCUUGCUUAUGGUAUCAAGAAAUUGCAAAUUGUCUGUGUUGUAGAAGAUGACAAGGUCAGCAUAGAUUGGCUUCAAGAGGAAAUACAAAACUUUGAAGAUUUUGUUCAAUCUGUUGAUGUUGCAGCUUUCCAAAAGAUUUAGGAUAACAAUAAAUUUUUCUAGUGCAUUA